AUGGCAUACGAGUUUCCACAACGCAUACUUGAAGAAGGAUCUGAGACGCAAAUUGAUAAGAUUAACAACACGUGUAGACGUACAAUUCUGGAGGAAGUGAAGGGUGUUCUCAACAUUGAGUAUGACGAAGUUUUGAAAGAUCCUGUCUUCGGUCCGCUUUUGGCAAUCAUAGAGAACAAGCUCAUCUACUCAGGGAAGAUCAUUAACAGCUUCAUAUGCAAGCAGCUCAAGGUUUCGAAGCUUCACGAGCUGUGGUUUCUAUUUGCAAAGAGGCCUCUUAGGUUUUCUGCACAAGAAUUUCAUGCUGUGACAGGAUUGAAGUUCAAAGAUGAACCUGACAUAAACUUCAAUGAUUGGAAGGAUGAUAAGGGGUUCUGGAGCAAUGUGCUGAGGAAAAAUAGAAAGGUCAACUUAUUCAUGAUAAGGACGAAGCUUCUUCACGAAUGCAACAAGUGGACGUAUGUGGACAGGGUUAGGCUAGUGUAUCUGUGUGUCAUACAUGGAUUCCUCAUAGCUAAGGAUUCAAGAGUGUUCAUCCCUCAUGAAUACAUCCGUUUGGUGAUGGAUUUUGAGAAGAUGAGGAUGUAUCUGUGGGGUCUUCACGCGUAUGACGAGCUGCUUGCAUCAAUACUCAAAGCAAGGAGAGAUUUGCAUCUGAAGAACAGUUACGUGUUGGAUGGAUUCUCCUAUGCGUUUCAGAUAUGGGUUAUGGAGGCAAUCCCAGACAUUGGUAGUAUGGGAGAGCUGUUCCCAUUUAUAUCUGCUACUGGGAACAAUGAUGUGGUUGUUAGCACUGAGUUCUAUAGGGAAGAUGAGAAGAAAGAUGAACGAGUUGGUCGUAUUGUUACUCUUCUCAAUGCCAAACAGGAUUGGACGGAAUUCGUAUGGGAAGUCGAGGCUUUGCCUCCAACUUUGGAGCUUUCUGAUUCAGAAAAGGAUGGAGAGAAUGUUGAAGUCGAAGAUGUCACAGAUACACAUGUAGAGGAACCGGCUGGUGUUGCAAGAAGGGGCAAGCGUAAGCUAAAUGAUCCUGGUGCGGAGGCUCGAAAGAAAGAAUUGCUUUGUCAACGGGCGGCUGAACAUAACAGUGGUAUCUCCAGUGGAAUGAAGACUUUCAUUGAAGGUUUGUUCACCUCUGCUUUCAACUCUUUCAAGGAGGUGGUGCAGAAUGACAUCCAAGAGCGUUUUGAGAACGUCCAGAAAGAGAUGGCUGAGCUCAAGCAAGCGGUGUCACAGAUUCCGGGUCCUUCUGAUACAAUGGGAAAAGACAGCGCAUCUGAGAUUCUUUGUCCUUCAGCAACAAUGGGGAAAUCAUCACAGAGUCUGUGUCCUGCAGCAACAAAGGAAAAAGGCAAAGGCAAGGUUGAGGAGAGUGUGGUUCCUCCUACGGUUCGUCGUAGCCCUCGGCAAGGAAGAAAGGAGAUUGAAACCGAAACUGAUGAUAUGAUGGAUUUUUUGAAGAAUUUGUCACAAUCAUCUACCCAUGGGGAACCUUCAUCGAAAAAAGAAGAAAUGAGCACACAAGAGUAUUUACAAGACGCCAUGGGGAACCUUUCUCAAGUAUCACAUGUUAAAGGUUUCGAUCCCUCACAAAAAACGAGUGAUGAAGAAUCACCUAAAUGGGUUACUCCAUUAUCAUCCUUGAAGCCUGGAGAUUGGAGAACACCCACUCUCAAAGAUAUGGAAUUACCUGAGGACCGGGUGAACGACGACGACUACGCAUUAGUGUUUGUCCCUGAGGAUUCAUGGGCCAAACUGAUUCAUUGGUUCUCAACUACCAAACAGCACCUUAAAAUUGGACCUUCUAUGUACACAACUGAGUUAGCAGAACGUGUUAUGGGACCUGCAGUGUGGCUGCAAAAUCAAGAAAUUGAUGCUAUGCUCUUCUUAUUUCGCGAGAGGACUUCUUUGCGACGAUGGAAUCCAUCCAAAGUAGCUUUCAAGAGCUGCAUAUUCAGUAAUCAAAUGAAGAAUUCUUACAUAGAGUUCAAGAAAGACAGAAAAAAAUUCAGGGUAGAAGGACUACUCUACCAAUACGGAAUUGGUGAACUUCCUUCACACGGACGAACAAGAUCAGUGUGGGAUCUUGAUGCCAAUUGUAUGUAUGUGCCUCUUCUUGUACACGGUAACCACUGGAUCUCUAUGUGUGUUAACUUUGUUACUCGUUCCAUAGAGGUUUUUGACUGUGCGGGACUGAAACACAACAAGGACUUGGAGCUAUUUGCCUAUCUCAUCCCAAGAAUUGUUAAAGCCGUGCAGUCUUCAGAGAAGAGGGGAUUUACCGUAAAGCCCUAUGAUGUCACUUACGCUCCAAUGCCCUUCUUCCUAAAGAAGACUAGCAGCGAUUGUGGAGUAUAUGCGUUGAAGCACAUUGAAGCACAUCUUCUAGGCAUGGACUUAACGUUGGUGAAUGAUGACAACAUUCGUGAAGCUCGCCACAAGAUUGCUUAUGACCUAUGGGAAGCUGCUAAUGAUCCUGAGCUUAUUUCGAGAAUGGGAAUGUUUGUUCCUCCGAAGGCUACAACUUCUCCUACGGUUGAGAUUGUAUAA